GCUGCCCUCAGUGUCAGCCACUGAACCGCAUGUCAUAUAAAUUCGUCGCAUGCUGGAAGUCCGACCUCACUGAAGUUAUGCCGAUAAUCUGGCUGAUUGAGGCCAGAUCUGUGCUUCUUCGACUCAUUCUUUUUGUGCCUGGACUAUGGGGUGUCUAAACUGCUGCAAACGUAAGGAAGCAUCGGGAAAUCGAACGGUCUACGCACUCCGUCAACCCAGCCCCCAACUUGCAGAUGACGUUCCCAUGCUAAAGUUUUGUUCCAAUGAAAUUAUCUCAUCCCGAUAUACGUGGUUGAGUUUCUUGCCAAAGAACCUUUUCGAGCAAUUUCACAAUUUGGCUAACAUAUUUUUCGCAACUAUCGCAGUUCUGUACAUGUUUGCUUCGGCUGCCACAAGUAUUUGGGCCAAUUUAGGACCUCUAAUAGCCAUCAUUGCGAUCUCAAUGAUUAAGGAUGGCGUCGAUGAUUUGUUUCGUCAUCGUAGGGAUCGACGCAUUAACUGUGCUCUAUUCCGUACUUUACGAGUAGAUAGUUAUGCGAAAACGAUCCGUUGGAGUGCUACGGAAGCUCAAGAUAUCAGAGUUGGUGAUAUCGUGCUUUGCGAGGAAGAUCGCACUCUUCCGUGUGACAUGGUCGCCCUUUGCUCUAGUCAUAAUUCCACUGCACUCAAUGUGACUACUGCGAAUUUGGAUGGAGAAACCAAUGUGAAGAAACUGUACGCCCUCACACCAACUCAAUCAAUGUAUGCCUCUUAUGCGCCAGAAAAACUCUCAAUGAAUCCCGUUAAACCUAGAGAUUAUUAUGGGACAUUAAAUCAUCUAUACGUACGCGUUGAUUGCUCCGAUCCAUCUGAAGAAUUUGGCAAGUUUGAAGGUCGCCUAACUACGCAUGGAAGGUCGCACAUACCUUUAUCAAUGAAAAAUCUCGUUCUCCGUGGAUCCAAACUCCAUAACACCGAAUUUGUGAUUGGCUUGGCUGUGUAUACAGGUAGGGAGACAAAAUUGUCGCUAAAUGGAAAGCAGUCGAAGAGAAAAUACAGUUCACGUGAGGCCCGAUCAAACAUAAUCCUUCUGUGCUUUAUCUUCGCUAUGAUCAUCAUCUCAAUUGUGCUCACGAUUGUGUUUACCGUCAUGACGACACAGACCAAAGAUACGCGAUGGUACAUUCCAGUAGCUCGUCAAACACGAUGGGAAUUCGUACAGAACGUGUUUCGGUACGUUACCAUAGUGAACUAUCUUAUUCCGAUCUCUAUUAUUAUAACUAUGGAAUUUCAGCAACUCUUAAUUGCCUUUUUCAUAUCGAACGAUUUACGUAUGUAUGACGAACAAGAAGAUCUGGUGGCCAAGGCGAACAGUUCCCAACUAGCGGACGAGCUGGGACAGGUAGAAUUUUUGUUCUGUGAUAAAACCGGAACCUUGACUCAAAAUGUGAUGUGGCUAUCUGUUUGCGCUGUGAUCGAUACAGACAAGAUUUAUGAUUUUCAGCAAAGACCUGCGCAGCAAACUACCGAUUCUCCUAUGCCCGCUUCCAAAAUAUUGAAUGGUGGAACCAAUGUACUAGUUUCAUCGUCAUCCUCAGAGAGUGAUAGCGAAUACUCCACUAUCGAAUCGGCAGGUCGGUUAAAGAAUAAAUACAACCGAUUAAAACCAGAUACCAGCCCGGAACUGUCAAGAUUUCUAACCAUGUCGGCAUUGUGUCAUACAGUGGAAGCGGCUGACAUCGGGGUUUCUGAAAGCGAACUGGGUGUCUCACGAACUGGAAAGUAUCACUAUGAGGUAAGUGGAUUCGAUUUGAUUUUUAAUGUCGCAAAGGCAUCAUCGAUUUGUGCAUCUUUCGAGUUACCCAUAUCUUUGUGUUAA